GACAACUGCCGCCAAACACUUUCUGAAGGCUGCCUCCAACAUUGUGGCAACAAAGGCUGCUCCCUCCACAGGCUUUCAUCUAUAGAGGAGGUAUCUCUACAGCUGUCACACUGGCAACUGUGACAGCUGCCUUCAAACAUUUACUUCCACCAUGGAUGAAGAUUACUACAAAACACUUCAGAUAAACAAGAGCGCCAUAGCUGCAGAUAUCAAAAAGGCAUAUCGAUGUCUCGCUUUGAAGUUUCACCCAAACAGCAGCAAAGAAGCAGGAAGCACAGAGAGGUUCAGGCAGCUGGGCGAAGCCUACGAUGUUCUCAGCGACCCUCGGAAAAAGGCAACAUAUGACAGGUUUGGUGAGGAGGGACUAAAGGGUGGGAUUCCACCUGAGUUUGGCAGAGGUGGGGCCUGGUCCUCUAAAUAUGCCUACCACGGGGAUCCAGAAAAAACAUUUAAACAGUUCUUUGGAGGUGACAACCCAUUUGCAGUCUUCUCUGCAAAUGAUGUACCGCUUCAGUUUGUUGGCCUGCAACCAGUCGUGGUGAAGACACAAGACCCCCCUGUAGAGAAAGACCUUGAGUUGUCCCUGGAUGAUCUGUUCCAUGGGUGCACAAAAAAGAUUAAGAUAUAUCGCAAUGUUAUGAAUGAGGGUGGAUCAUCCAAUGUCAAAGACAAGAUCCUCACUAUAGAUGUAAGUCCUGGAUGGAAAGAAGGCACAAGAAUUGUUUUCUCCAAAGAGGGAGAUCAGCUGGGACCCAACAGCAUCCCUGCAGAUAUUGUUUUCAUAGUGCGGCAGAAGAGUCAUCCUCUGUUUGAAAGACAAGAUGAUGACCUGAUCAACGAGACCCAAAUCUCUCUGGAGAUGGCCUUGACUGGCUUCUCUGUGAGUGUGCGAACCAUAGAUGGAAGGCUAAUCAAUAUUCCCAUCAAUGACAUUGUGCACCCUAGAUACAGUAAAGUGGUGCCUGGAGAGGGAAUGCCGCUGUUCCAGGAUCCUUCCCAGAGAGGAGACCUCAUUAUUCACUUUGACAUCCAGUUCCCCGAGAAGCUCUCCGCUGACAGAAAGCAUCUGAUCAAAAAAGCCUUGAGAUAAAUAUCGAUCACAUUUUAGUACACUUGUUUCUAUCCUAUGAUCUAUGAUUAUUGUACUCAGUUUUAUUUCCCUUAUCCAUCAAAGCACAAUUUGUAUUACAUAGCAUUGAUACUUUGAUUAAAUAAACACAAAGGAAGAAACUAAAGGCUAAGAAAUCUGUAAACAUAACAU